UGACGUCACUCCGUUUACUUCUGACGUUGGUGGACUCCAGACGCUGCGGUUCGUCGAGGAAGUUAGCAAAACAGUGAUUCAAGCACACUUUUCAGCAAAUAUACGGCGAUUUAUAAGAUCAGACAUGGCCCUCACACAAGUGUCUUCCAACAAAUGCGCUGGUGGCUUCCAGAAGGUUUUUGAGCAUGACAGCACUGAACUGAAGUGCAAGAUGAAGUUUGCAGUGUACCUGCCUCCCAAGGCUGAGACAGACAAAUGUCCUGUCAUGUACUGGCUCUCUGGUCUGACGUGUACCGAGCAGAACUUCAUCACCAAAGCUGGCAGUCAGCUCGCUGCCGCAGAGCACGGCAUCAUUGUCGUGGCUCCAGACACAAGCCCCCGUAUGACAACACACACAGACUUAUUAUCCCAGACAGCUUUGCCUUACCGUGGUUGUAACAUCGAGGGGGAGGAUGAGAGCUGGGAUUUCGGCACUGGAGCUAGUUUCUUUGUGGAUGCCACCCAGGAACCCUGGAGCACCAACUACCGCAUGUACUCCUACGUCACUGAGGAGCUCCCCAGAGUGAUCAAUGCAAACUUCCCCACCAACCCAGACAGGAUGUCUAUCUGCGGUCACUCCAUGGGCGGCCAUGGGGCGCUCGUCUGUGCCCUGAAGAACCCUGGGAAAUACAAGGCGGUGUCUGCAUUUGCGCCCAUCUGUAACCCCAUGCAGUGUCCCUGGGGACAGAAAGCCUUCUCAGGAUACCUGGGCCCUGACAGGUCUACGUGGGAGGCGUAUGAUGCCACUGUGUUGGUGGCGUCAUACUCGGGUCCUCAGCUCGACAUCUUCAUCGAUCAGGGCCGCGAUGACCAGUUCCUGUCAUCCAGCCAGCUGCUGCCCGAUAACCUGAUCGCCAUCUGCUCCGAGAAGAAAAUCCCCGUCAUCUUCAGGCUGCAGCCGGGCUACGACCACAGCUACUACUUCAUCUGCUCCUUCAUGAACGACCACAUCAAGCACCACGCCAAGUACCUCAAUGCCUGAACCGUCAGUCCGGUUCACUUUGACCCUACCCUCCUGACAACAGUCACAACCUUUUCUUUUGUUCUGACCUCCUGCAGAGUUCGGUGUGGAGUCUAAACAGGACUUGGCUCAAGUCUCAAACCAAAACUAAACCUGUUCUGUCAAAUCAUUUUCAGUCGUCAUGAUUAGAGCCACAAAUACCAGAGGAAACGUUCCUGUGACCCAACAACGAUGAUGUGGAUUUUGUUGAAUUGUUCUUUGGUUGGCGCAGAGAGCUGAGACUUUUCAGAAUAAAAGCCUUACUAAUUCA